AUGUCAUUGGCCGACUCAUUGUUGGCCGACCUGGACGGCUUCUCAGACGAUGAGGGCCGAGGUCCAUCCCCUUCUCCCGAGAGGGAACAACCUACAGCCGGACCAUCAACAUCAAAAGGGUUUGGAUUAGGCUCAAUGCUCCCUCCUCCCUUACCUUCCAAAGCGAAGCGAACAGCUUCCGAAAUGGAUGUGGACGAUGGCGAUGCAAAUAACGGUGAAGACGAUGAAGAAGAAGAUGAUGGUCUAACGUUGGAAAAUGGUGCUAGUGCAGUAGGCUUUGUACCUGAAGGAGGAGUCAGACCGGCAGAAGAAUUAGAUGCGGAUGAAGUUGAACAAACUGAUAUGAAAGAUGUCGAGGAUGUAGCAAAAGUAGCGAAACUUAUGACCGGGAAGAAAUUGAAAGAAGUCUUAGCGGAUAUUGCCAAAUACACAGCCUCUCCUACAGAUAUGUCGGAAAGUAACUCCCUCGAAGAAAAUCCUGAAUACCAUCUAGUCGUCACAGCGAAUAACAUGUCAGUCGAAGUGGACAACGAAAACCUACUAGUGCACAAAUUCAUCAGAGAUCAUUACGCUCCAAGAUUUCCAGAAUUAGAACAACUUAUAACUGAUCCUUGGACAUACAUCGCCGCAGUACAAGCAAUUGGAAAUGCUGAUGAUUUGACAAAAUGUACAUUCCCUUCAACACUUCCAGCCGCUACGAUACUUUCGAUAACGUUAACAGCAACUUCCACUAGAGGAAGAAAAUUAUCAAAUGGAGAGUGGAUAACAGUUCAAAACGCUAUAAUAGUAGCAGGAGAAUUGAGAUCUGCGAGAGAAAAGAUUUUCGCUUAUGUCGAAUCUAGAAUGGCUGCUGUCUCACCUAAUCUAUCUGCUAUAGUAGGAACAGGUAUAGCAGCUAAAUUAUUAGGCUUAGCAGGUGGUUUACAUGCUUUUUCAAGACAACCAAGUUGUAAUAUAAUGUUAUUUGGUGCCAUGAAGAAAUCUUUAGCAAAUACUCAUUUAUCAGCUGCUAGUCAACAACGUCAUACUGGUUUCAUAUUUCAAUCGGCUAUAGUUCAAUCUGCUCAACCUGAAGAUAGAAGAAGAGCUCAAAGAGCUGUAUCUGCGAAAUGCACUCUUGCAGCUAGAAUCGACGCCGGUAAAGGUUCAAGAGAUGGUUCAUAUGGUAGAAAAUGCUUUACGGAUUUACAAAAACGGAUUGAGAAAAUGGCUGAACCACCACCCAACAAAAUGACAAAAGCGUUGCCUGUUCCCCAAGAGACAAACAGGAAAAAGAGAGGCGGUAAAAGAGCACGAAAACAAAAAGAAGCGUAUGCUCAGACUGAACUUCGUAAACUCCAAAACCGUAUGGAAUUCGGUAAAGCCGAAGAAGAAGUUGGUAUCGAUGAUGAGACUGUUGGUCUUGGUAUGAUCGGUUCUGGUUCUGGUAAAGUCAGAGGUGAAGUCGCAGAUGCUAGAAGUAAAGCCAAAUUAUCUCGAGCGAAUAAACUUCGUACCCAAUUGCUCGGUAGAUCAGCAGUAUCGAAUGACGCCAAGUCCGGUCUAUCAACUUCACUCUCUUUCACUCCAGUACAAGGUAUCGAGAUCGUCACUCCGUCGUUAUCUGCCGCGCAGAAAGUGGCUGCUGCGAAUGAGAGAUGGUUCGCCGGCGGUACUUUCACCCAUGUCAAGAAAGGUGGGAGCAAUAUCCCUGGGCAGAACUAA